AUGCUCCAAGCGCACAAGUAAUGCANACACGCAUCAAAUUGACGGUUUUGAAGAGCGUAAUCGUACCGCCGCUAGAGUACGCCGGAGAAGUAUGGGAAGGAAAUAAGAAGGUAGUGAAAGAACUCGAGGCGGCGCAGAUGGAAGCAGCGGAAACCAUCGGGUUCAAGGAGAAGAUAUCUGUUGCUUGUGCCGAGAGAGAAGAACAGAAUCUAAAGAAAGAAACCAAAGGUAAGGAGGGUCUAGAAGUGUACGGAAUGUUGAAGGAAGGAAUAGGGUUCAAGGACUACCUACAUGGACCAAUGGAUGCAGGAACAAAGCUUAAGGAAGGAAUAGGGUUCAAGGACUACCUACAUGGACCAACGGAUGCAGGGACAAAGCUUAAGGUCAAAUUUAGGUCCGGGGACAUAGGCCUUCGAGAACGUCGACGAAGACAUAGGACGGUAGACGACGAAGACGACGAGCUCAAAUGUGAUUGCGGCUUCGAAUGCGAAGACCGUGUUCAUGUAGUCGCGGAAUGUCCGUGGUACAAAAAGGAGAGGGAAGUGUACGUGACUGAGCUGGGAAAAAUAGAUGGGACGUACAGGGAGAUGUUUGAGGCAUGGAGUAGAGAGGAAAGGACGGUAGCUGUACUGGGGCAUAGGAAGUGGGUUGAAAGGCGGGAAGGGAUAUGGUGAGGAUAAACAGACUGUAGGGAAGACAUUUUUGAGCCACCUUUGGCAAAGUAGG